UAAACCCAAAUUCCUAAAUUCCUAUAUCUGUAUUCUCACUGUAUUCUCCACAAAACACCAAUCAGCUGCAAAAGUCAAGUCAACCAAGAAACGCAAGACAUGAGUGAGAGUUUGGAAUGCUCGGAACUUCCCGAGGAACUGUUACUACCGAUCGGCAAAGGCCUCGACACCCGCAUCGAAAUUCUCCGAUUCCGCGGUGUCUGUAAAUCAUGGCGCUCGGCUAUUUCUUGCUCCGACUUCAUCCCUCGCUUCCCUCUCAAUUUUCCCAACCCUUCUGCUCCGCCACUGCGGAGGCUAAGCCAAAGGCUAGCCUGGCUAGCUCUAUUUCCUGAUGAAGCUGACCAUCUUCACCCGCAAACCAUAUGCCUUCUCCACGAAACCAUUCUCUAUCGUCUAACUCCCUCAGCUUCUUCGGAAAAGGGAUGGUUGAUCAAGAUUGAAGAUUGCAAAUGCAAAAUGCAUCUUUUAGACCCACAUCGACAAAGGUACGAAUCCGAUUCCGAUUCCCCCAAUAUUUUGCCCAACAACUUUGUUUUACUGGACUAUGAUACUGUCGAAUUAUCUAGAGCUUAUACCCUUGAAAUUCAAAGCCUCAUUCCAGCUGCGCGAGUUAAUAAAGUUGUGAUGUUCAACGACUGUCAUGUUUUUGUUGUCCAUAGUGACGGUAAAUUAGGCCACGCAAAAUGUGGGGAUGAGAGUUUGACCUGUUUAGGUGAAAAGGAUAUGGAGUUCGAUGAUGUUAUUGUGUAUGAGGGCCAAGUCUAUGUGGUUGAUCGAUUCGGAAUAGGUUGGUGGAUCAGAAUCAAUGAUUCGACAUUGGAUUUGGUUGAAGUCUGGAAUCCUUGUGGGUCAGAUUCUCUGAAGACACAGAAGCAUUUCGUGGAGUCGGAUGGAACGAUCUAUAUUGUUGAUAGACACCUUGAUAGGGAAUGGAGAGGCGGUCAUUAUGCCUGUGUGGUUGGUUUCAAAGUGUAUAAGAAGAAUGAAUGGGGUGAAUGGGUUUUGGAGGAAAGCUUGGGGGAUCGAGCUUUUAUUCUACGCAGUGAUUGUUCGCUCUCUGUUUCGACUGGAGAAUUUUUCGGAUACGAGGCGAAUUGCAUUUACUUCACUCAGCAAAAACGAAUUCAUGUUUUCAAAUUAGAGAAUAACAGCAUCACCAGUGCAGAUUUGAAUGGGGACAAAGUUUACAUCCAAACCGCUUCGUAAGGAAAUUCCUCCAACCCAUUAUUUGGAUUUUGGCAAUUGUUAAAACCAUUCAUGUUGUAUAAGUUUUAAUGAAUCUUACUGUUGGAGCGUUUUUCUUCACUUGUAUUUUCACUAGAAUGGAACCCUAUGAACUAUCUUGUGGUGUGUUUGGUUUUAUUGUAAAAUUCCUUCCUCAUAUGUUUCCUAUAGUAGUUAUUGGUGGUUUUGUAUGAUUACAUACUCAGUUCUAUCAUCCAUGUUGAAUAGAAGGAAGAUUAAAGCAUGAUUAUGAACUA